AACUCCAGAACGUUAGCUUGGAUCGAAAAAGUCUGCACAGCCACCGCAGCCCAACCCAACCCAUCCAGCUGGGAUUCCGUUAAUUUCCAGGUGGCUUUUCUUCCUGCGUCAAUCUCGUAAUGCCAAUGUCGGAGUUAUAGCGGAGAUCCGGAACCUCUCUCUCGCAGAUUUGUUUGGAGAGAGAGAUAGGAGGAAGCGCGGCGGUCACCGCCCGUCCAUUGGAAUGGCUUUCCCGCGGCGUCGUUUCCAGUAUUACCACCGCCUCCGGUCUUUGUACCCGGUGAUCUCCUCAAUCUCCGGUGCUAUUCUCUUCCUCUUCGCUCUCCUUUCCCUUCUCGCUCCGACGCCUAUGGAUUCGGAUCAGUUCCACCGCAGUGACUCCUUGAGUGUUGUGGCUAAGGAGGCGAUUCGGAAUGGAGAUUCAAUGUUUCGUGUUCCGAGUGGCGGAGGGAGAUUAAAUCGUGAUAUUUGGAGUUCCAGGAAUUCCAGAUUGUUUUAUGGAUGCAAUAAUGCCAGCAGCAAGUUUGCAAAGGCUGAAGCUGUUACACAUGCCAAUAGAUUCUUGGCAAUUGCGACUAGUGGAGGCUUGAAUCAACAAAGAACUGGGAUUGUAGAUGCUGUUAUUGCUGCCCGUAUUUUGAAUGCUACUCUUGUUGUUCCAAAGCUGGACCCAAAGUCAUUUUGGAAGGAUUCAAGUGACUUCAGAGAGAUCUUUGAUAUUGAUUGGUUCAUAUCAUUUCUGUCAAAAGAUAUUAAAAUUAUAAAGCAGCUCCCUAGAAGGGGAGGGAAAGCUUGGAUUCCACACACCAUGCGUGUUCCAAGGAAAUGUAGUGAAAGAUGUUACCAAAAUCGUGUAUUGCCUGUUCUUCAGAAAAGGCAUGCCAUACAGCUCACGAAGUUUGAUUACAGACUUGCAAACAAACUAGAUACAGACUUGCAGAAGUUAAGAUGUAGGGUUAACUACCAUGCUUUGAGGUUCACUGACCCUAUUCUUCAAAUGGGUAAAAUGCUUGUAAAUCGGAUGAGGAUGAGAAGCAAGCAUUAUAUUGCCCUGCACUUGAGUACUGAUGCAGCAAUAUGUUAUAGGUUUGAACCAGAUAUGCUUGCAUUCUCAGGAUGUGAUUAUGGUGGAGGUGAAAAGGAAAGGAAUGAAUUAGGUGCAAUUCGUAGGAGGUGGAAAACUUUACAUAAAACAAAUCCUGACAGGCAAAGGAGACAAGGAAGAUGCCCACUCACUCCAGAGGAAGUAGGUCUGAUGCUGAGAGCACUAGGAUAUGGAAUGAUGAACAAAAUGAUGAUGAUGUUGAUGAUAACAAUGAUGUUAAUGAUUAUGACACUGAUGAUCCAGAAUGGACUGAUCCAGAUGAUGAUGAGUAUCGAUUUGGCCCUCAAGAGAAAGGCCUGUAUAAUGAAACAGUUUUAGGUAAUGAGAUGGUCACUUCUGAUGAACCUGAGUUGGAAGAGAUACUUUCAGACUAAAUACAAUCCCCUGAUACUUCUUGGUGUUGUUGGCUGCAUUUGAUUGGUUCUUUGUUGCAUGCCUUGCCCUCUAUCGUCUCCUUCAGAAAUGCAAAAAAUGCUCCUUUGAGAAUGCUGCCCAAUGUCAAGCUGUAUAUAGAAACCAUUGAAUGGUCGCAAAAGGAAGCAUAUUUUCCCAACGAAACAUUGCAACAUUUAGUUCUUGACAGCUGGUUUUUCAGUUCAAAGCUCGGGCACAGAAGUUGUGUCAUGGGCAUUGGGUUUAAGAUUGAACUACUUCCAGUUAUAUAUGUCUGAAUGGAACCAGGAAGUAGAAGUAUAAACAUAAACGGUACUAUGAUGUUGAAACCAAGGUUUUCUGAGAGAAUUGUUGAAUAGGCCGCGGUAUUCUAACUUAUUAUUGGAUUGCUCAAGGCUUUGUUUGAGGAUGUUAGGUUGUAACAGUAUCUGUAGGUUUUUUAGUUUUU